AGCACAUACCGAGAUAGUGAGGAGCUAGAGGCAAAGCGCAGACUAUGGCGCUGAAACGGAUUAAUAAGGAAUUUAGUAAUUUGAACCAUGACCCUCAAGCACAAUGUUCUGCAGUUCCAGCUGGGGAUGAUAUAUUUCAGUGGCAAGCCACAAUUGGGACUUAAUGACAGGCCAUAUCAAGUGGUCCAGGACAAGGCAGUGUAUUCUUUUUGACAAUUAAUUUUUCUACAGACUACCCCUUCAAACAAAAAUUUAUUGCCGAUAAAAAAAAAAAAAGAAUUUAUCAUCCAAAUAUUAACAGUAAUGGCAGCAUUUGUCUCAAUAUUCUAAGAUCACAGUGGUCUCCUGCAUUAACUAUUUCUAACAUUCUUUUAUCCAUUUGUUCACUGCUAUGUGAUCCAAACCCAAAUGACCCCCUAGUGCCAGAGAUUGCACGGAUCUAUAAUACGGACAGAGAUAAGUACAACAGAAUAUCUCGGGAAUGGACUCAGAAGUAUGCCAUGUGAUGCUACCUUAAAGUCAGAAUAACCUGCAU